GGCGGGAGGGCGUCGCGGUCGCGCUGCGGAGGCCGCGGCUGGCGUUGCGGUGGGAGCGAGCCGCGCUCCCCGCUUUCCUCCCCGUGCGGCGCGGCUCUUAGGCCCGGGAGGACGGACUCCCCCCUCGCCCUCUCCCCCCCUCUCCGCCCUGGGCGGCGGCGGAGGCGGCGGCGGGGAGGAGGAGGAGCAGGUCGGGUGAGGAGGGAACAGUAGUACAAAAUGUCAAAAAUUAGAAGGAAGGUCACAGUGGAAAAUACCAAGACCAUAUCUGAUAGCACAUCCAGAAGACCCAGUGUUUUUGAAAGACUUGGACCCAGCACUGGAAGUACUGCAGAGACUCAGUGCCGUAACUGGCUGAAGACUGGCAACUGCCUCUAUGGGAACACAUGUAGAUUCGUACAUGGCCCUUCACCACGAGGUAAAGGCUUUAGCAGCAGUUACAGAAGGUCACCAGAAAGGCCUACAGGGGAUCUUCGUGAAAGAAUGAAGAAUAAGCGUCAAGAUAUUGAAACUGAACCACAGAAACAUAAUACAGAAGAACAGUCUUCUCCUGUUAGGAAAGAGUCCUCCAGAGGGAGGCAUAGGGGGAAGGAAGAUAUUAAAAUUACCAAGGAGCGGACUCCAGAAAGUGAAGAAGAAAAUCCCGACUGGGAAACAAAUAGAGAAGAUUCUGAUAACGGUGAUGUUAACUAUGAUUAUGAUCAUGAACUUUCUUUGGAAAUGAAGCGCCAGAAGAUCCAGAGAGAGUUAAUGAAGCUUGAAGAAGAAAACAUGGAGAAAAGAGAAGAAAUAGUAAUCAAAAAGGAGAUUUCUCCAGAGAUGGUUGGAUCGAAGUUAUCAUCCUCACCCUCACCCAGAAAAUCUAGUAAAUCUCCAAAACUAAGAGCAAGCCCCAAAUCUUCCUCUUCUACCAAUAAGAGGGAAAAGAAGACUUCUGCAGUUUCUUCACCCCUCUUGGAGCAACAGAGGAGUUCAAAAAGCAACCACAAUAAAAAGAAAGGUCCUCGUACGCCUAGUCCACCCCCACCAAUGCAAGAAGAGACUGCACAAGGGAAAAAACAUAAGGAAAAACAUAAAGUCAAAGAGCGGUUAGAAGAGAAGCCAAGGGAAGUCAAAGAGAGAGGCCGUGACUUUGAAAGACAUAAUAAGGAGAAAAAGGAAAAGCAGAGAGAUCCCUCAGAAGGUUCCCAUAGACAGAGACGUUCGCCUAGUCCAGAAGAACAUUCUGGAAGUAAUUCUUCUCCUUCAAGAGAAUAUUCUCCUAGCACAAGAAGAAGGCAGCCAGCGUGGGCUCCAGCAAAAUCCAGCAGCCAUAAGCAUUCUUUUUCACCAUCUUGCAGGUCUGCUUCGCCACCAACUCAGCAUCAUUCUCCUGUAUCUUCAAGGCAUCACUCCUCUUCGUCUCAGUCAGGUUCUUCUAUUCAGAGACGCUCUCCUUCGCCCCGCCACAAAAGGACGCCUUCUCCCUCUUACAAACGGACAGCUUCCCCACCCGUAGGCCGUUCCUCCUCUCCUUACCCUCACCGAGCUUCCCCUUCCCCUCAACAAAAACAGACCCCGUCGCGACAUCGUUCACCGGUCAGGGAGAGAAGCCGGCAUGAUCGGGAGCGGAUUUCACAGUCACACGAUCGACGUCAGGAAAGGAGGGAUGAGACUAGAGGGAAAAGGGGGAGAGAGAGAGACACCAGAGAGGACCGUGACUAUGACCAAGAACAGAAUACCCCCAGAGAUCACAGGGAUGAUCGAGAAUCUCGGGAUGGGCGGGAUCGAAGGGAAACCAGAGACAACAGAGAACGCAGGGACCUAAGGGAAUCUCGGGACACUCGCGACUCACGGGACACCAGGGGCUGUAGCAGAGACAAUAAAGACAGUCGUGACCAGAGGGACCUGCGUUCUGCUCGAGACACCCAUGACUACAGAGACAGAGAGUGCCGGGACACCCAUAAAAAGGAAGAGCAAUAUUUGGAGGAAACACGUAGCUAUGGAAGGACCCAUGGCAGAGAAGAGAGUUCUCGUGCGGAAACCAGGACAGAUUCAAGAAGCGAAGCCAGGAACGAGUCCAGAACGUCUGGAAGAAGUAGAGGCAGAGGUCCUGAAUUAUCAGACAAAGGUAGUCGAGGUACAAGGGGCUCUCAGGUUGAGAGCCAUGCUAGCAAUAGCUACCAUGACAGCUGGGAAUCGCGGAGCAAUUACCCUGACAGGGAUCGCUAUGAGAACCGAGAACACGCGAGGGAUUCUUCCUUCGAAAGAAGACACGGGGAAAGGGAGAAGAGAGACAACCGAGAGAGGGAUCAGAGACCAAGCUCACCAAUACGACACCAAGGAAGAAACGAUGACCUUGAAAGAGAUGAAAGAUUAGACGAACGAAGGGUAGAUAGGGGUGAAGACAGAAGGGAUGAAAGACCCAGGGAGCGGGAGAGGGAGCGGGAGCGGGAAAGAGAAAGAGAAGCCGAACGCGAUCGUGCCCGUGAGCGAGAACGGGAGAGAGAGAGGGAUAAGGAUAGGGAACGAGAACGGGACCAUGACAGAGAGAGGGAACGAGAAAGAGAAAGAGAGAGGGAGAGAGAACGGGAAAGGGAACGGGAAAGAGAACGAGAGCGGGAACGGGAGCGAGGGAGAGAAAGAGAGAAAGAAAGGGAGCGCCAGAGAGAGUGGGAUGACAAAGAGAGAGGGAGAGAAGAACGCAGAGACAAGAGAGACGACGUCCGGGAAGAAAGGGCCACGAGGGAGAGCCGUGAUGAGAGGAAGUCAAAGAAACGGCACAGAAAUGAAAGUAGCCCCAGCCCUCGUAAGUCGCCCAAGCGUCGCCGUGAGCAUUCGCCUGAUAGUGAUGCUUACAACAGUGGAGAUGAUCAAAACGAAAAACGCAGAUUACUCAGUCAGGUUGUCCGACCUCAAGAAUCGCGCUCACUUAGUCCUACGCACCUUUCAGAAGACAAGCAGAGCCGAUGGAAAGAGAGCGACCGAAAGCCGGAGAGAAAGGACAGCUCCAGACAUUGCGAGGAAAGCGACUUCAAAGAGCGGGGUUCCUCUGGGGACAAGCCGCGAGAGCAGCGAGAGGGCAAUGAGAGCUCCAGGAGCAGCAGGGCCCAAGAGACUGUAAGUACUCGGGCGUCUGAAGAACGGGAGGCAGCUGACCACACGCACGAAGAUAAGAAAAAAGUGAAAGUGCAGAAGAAGACGGCAAAGAAAAAGAAAGACGAUGACGUUGGGUUAGAGCGCUACGUCAGUGAGCCCGCCCCGGAGAAGGCCCAGGUCUUCUCUCCGAAGAAAGUGCAGAAAAAGAAAAACACCGAUAAGAAGCGCAAGAGAUCGAAAGGAGAUUCCGAGGCUUCUGAUGAAGACGGCGGCCCGCACCAGAAAAAGAAAAAAGGCCCAAGGACUCCCCCUGUAACCACAAGGGAGGAAUUGGUGGAAGCUGUGCCCGAGAAACCUGUUUUAGUAGAGGUUGCCCCCAAAAGGGAGGACACAACGUUUAGUGAUUGGUCAGAUGAAGACGUCCCAGAACACAGAGAAACUAUUCUGGAAAGAGGCUCUGAGGAAUCCCAUAGAAAUAGCCGCCGCACAAGGACGGAACCUGUGGAAACUGUCCACGUUGUCGAAGAGCCCCCGCCCAUCAAACCUAUUGAACAGAAGCGCAGCAGUAGCCUUUGUAGCAAUCGAAGCCAGACCUCAAGUAGACUCCGGUCACCCUCCAAUGAUUCUGCACACCGGAGCGGAGACGACCAGACGGGUUUGAAAAAGAUCCUGCACAGCAGCUCUAGCGACAGAGAGAGAAGGUGUCUAGAAAUCUCCGGAGAGCGGAAAUCAAGAAUCGAUCAGUUAAAACGGGGGGUUCCCAGCCGCAGCACUUCCUCCGAUCGACAAGAUUCUAGAAGCCACAGUUCGAGGCGAAGUUCUCCUGAGUCAGAUCGCCAAGGCCAUUCCAGAUCUGGGUCCUUCGAUAGCCGGGAAAGAGCGCAAGACAGAGACAGACACGAUCAUGAUCGUGAACGGGACCGGGAUAGACGAGAGGGGAGGCAGAGAGAUUGGGACCGAGAUACUGCUAAAGACUGGUUGAGAAGCAGAGACCGGGACAGAAUUCGGGAACGAGACAGACAGCGGGAAAAACGAAGAGAUAUAGACCGUGAAAAAGAGAGGCCAGUUCCCGAGAACCCUGAAAGAGACAGAGGCCUCAAUACUUCCUCUCAAGCAGAGUUAUCCAAGCACAAUGAAGCAAAACCAGGCAAAGAGCAUCAGGAGUUUGAAGUAAUCUGCCUGGACUCUACCUCCCUAGAGAAGGAAAGGCUGGAUAAAGACUUGGGAUCUUUGCAAAGCUUUGACGACGGGAUCGAAGCUGAGAAAGUGGAAAACUUAGAAGGUGGAGGUGAUGAAGCCAAAAUAGAUGAUAUGCAAUCCAUGGGAUCUGGUGCAGGAGAAUAUGAGCCAAUCAGUGACGAUGAACUGGAUGAAAUUUUGGCAGGUGAUGCUGAAAAGAGGGAGGAUCAGCAGGAUGAGGAGAAGAUGCCAGAUCCUGUGGAUGUAAUCGAUGUGGACUGGUCAAGUCUUAUGCCGAAGCAGCCGAAAGAGCCACGAGAGCCCGGGGCUGCUCUUUUAAAAUUCACUCCAGGUGCUGUUAUGUUGAGAGUUGGCAUUUCUAAACAAUUGGCUGGCCCUCCACUCUUCAGCAAAAUUAAAGAAACGUGUCAGAGAACGUUGGAGAAACCGAAAGAUGCAGAGAACCUAUUUGAACAUGAAUUUGGGGCCCUGAACAUGGCUGCCCUACUGCGAAAGGAAGAGCGAGCUGGUCUGCUGUGUAAUCUUGGUCCUUGUUGUAAGGCCCUAUGCUUUCGGAGAGAUUCUGCAAUCCGCAAGCAGCUAGUGAAAAAUGAAAAGGGCACAACAAAACAAACCUACACAAAUCCUCCUGUGGUGGACAAUGAGUUGCUGCGGUUGAGCCUACGGUUGUUUAAACGCAAGACGAUGCGCCAAGGUCCUGGACAAGAAAAGACAGAGGGCGCUAAACUUUCACAACCAUAUAUUCCAGAAAUAUGCAUGUCCUGAGCCAGUGUCUCCUUGGCCACAAGCUUUGGUCUUUUCGCUGUUUGAAAAUCUUGAUGUUUCCAUCUUUGUUCCCUUUAAGUAUGACUUUGCUGGAAGAUGAAAAUACUCGUGUUUACAGAUUGGGCCAGUUUGGAUCCAACAAGAAGCGGGAACGAACAAGUGCGCUAGCGGACAUUGCCUGAACACUCCACUUGGCACUUCCUGCCUGUGGGAAACCUCGGUCGGUGGUUUGUUUAGUGCUUAUGUCUAUACUGGGAGCCGUGGCUUGUUGCUCUCCUAUAAAGCUGGAAUCAUAGGCUGACGUUUAUUCUUGGCUUAUUAUUCUGGUUUGUUAGAAGAGCAACAUCCCAGUUUGGACAUAACAUGAAAAAGCACAAACAGAGGUUAGGAAGAGCCAAUCCCGCUGGCUGGAGGAGCGAGGUGGGAGAGGGUGCCCCAGCCACGUGCAAGUUCCUGAUAAGCCAGAAUUCAGGCUUAUAAUGUCUGAACCAGCCCAUUGAGAGUGUUAUGUGGAGUUGGAGGGCUUACAACUCCAACAAGGAAAGUAAUUUGGUGUAAAAAAUCCAGAUACCAUUCUGUCUAGUUCACUGCAUGUUUUAUAACAUUGAAUUCUAACCACAGAUCUUAUUUAAUAACUCACUUGUAUGUAAGAGUUUGAAAAUGCCCAUUUUUGGAGACCUGUUUUAUCACCUGCCAUUAAAUUUUUAAGAAGAAAA